AUGCUGGGAUUAAACAGCUCAAGUGCAAAAGAUCUCUUUGCAAAGACGUAUCUCUGGCUUUCCAUCGGUGUCCUUAGGGCUGGACACCGAAUCUGAUGUUUUGCCAAGCAAUUGUGUCCGGUACGUAGUCUAAACUCAGCAACGGCUGCGAAUCUUGGCCAGUCGGCUAUGACGGAAAGUGCCGUUGUUCGAGCUUUGAGUUCAUUGACCCUUGAGGAUCUAUCUCCUGUGUUCGAGCUUUAA